AUGUCGUCUACAAUCACACCCGUCGAUUCAAGGCUUGAUCCUACACCAGAGGAUGCCCCGACCGACCUUGAGAAAGCCUCUCCAUCUGCACUUCCUCCUACACCGGAACACGGGAACGAUGCGCACCAAACAGGGGAAAAACCCCAGCCUGGUGAGCAUUGGAAGAAUCAGGAGGUACACGAGAUCCCCCACAAUAACAUGCUCCUCGUCUUCCCCGGUCUCAUGCUCUCCGUCUUUCUUGCGGCUCUCGACCAGACGAUCGUCGCCACCGCGCUGCCUACAAUCGUCUCCGAGCUGGGGGGUGCAGACCAGUAUGAGUGGGUGGGCACCGCGUACCUCCUCACCGCGACAUGCGUAGCUCCCUUGUAUGGCAAGCUAGCUGAUCUCAUAGGCCGCAAACCUACUCUCUACUUCAGCAUCGUCGUCUUCCUCCUUGGCUCGGCAUUGUGCGGGGCCGCGCAGAACUUCAUCUGGCUCGCUGCUUGUCGUGGUCUGCAAGGCAUCGGGGGAGGGGGCAUAAUGCAGCUUGUACAGAUCACCAUCAGCGACAUCACAUCCCUCGAAGAGCGGGGCAAGUACUCCGGCUUCAUAGGCGCAACAUGGGGUAUUGCCUCUGUCGUUGGACCCCUCCUCGGAGGAGUCUUUACAGACAAAGUGACCUGGCGUUGGUGCUUCUUCGUCAACCUUCCCACAGGCGGCUUCGCUGGCGCUCUCCUGUUCUUCUUCCUGCACUUAAACCCGACACCGCGCAAGACUGCCCGAGAAAUAGCGGCGACGUUCGACUGGACCGGCCUCGCGCUGAUAAUGUGCAGCAUCGUCUGCCUUCUCCUUGGCUUCUCAUUCGGGGGUACCUCCUGGUCCACACCUCAAACUAUUGCCCUUCUCGUCAUGGGUGUCGUCCUUUUUGUAGCCUCAUGCAUCAACGAGCUCCUAACCAAGAGGAGCGCCAUCAUCCCACCUCGCCUGUUCAAGACCCGCACUACGACUGCAAUCCUCCUCGUCACCUUCCUACACGGGAUCACCUUCCUCUGCGCCUCAUACUACAUCCCACUUUACUUCCAGAUCAUGGGCGCCUCCGCCAUCCUCUCAGGGGUGAAGAUGAUGACGUACUCCCUCGGUUCCGCCCUCAUGGCCAUCGUUUCGGGCCUCGUAGUCUCCAAGUCGGGGGAUUACAGAUGGGUGAUGUGGGUCGGAUUAACAGUGAUGACACUAGGAAUGGGUCUGAUGAUCAUGCUCGAUAACUACUCCUCAGUUGCACGCCAGGAGAUCUUUCUCCUCGUGGCCGCCAUCGGCGUAGGAUGUAUCUUCCAGCCCCCCCUCAUCGGUCUCCAAGCGGCGAUGCCAAUAAAAGACAUGGCGACCAGUACGGCUACUUUUGGUCUUCUCCGUACGCUAGGUGGCACGAUAGGUAUCUCAAUAGGCGGCGCGAUUUACCAAUCUGAAGUCUCUCGACGUGCUUCCUCCAUUCCUGGCUGGACACCGCCACCCCAGAGUCAGCUCACGAGCGACGUCCGGGCAUUGAGUCUCAUCCAGCCUGAAGCUCUCAGAGACCAGGUGUUAUACGGGUUCACCAGGAGUGUCAGUACGAUAUGGAUCGUGUGUACGCCUAUUGUCUUCGUCGCACUGCUCUUAUCUCUGUUGAUGAAGAAAUAUACGCUGAAGAGGACGCUCCAGCGUGCAACGGCACAUCACCCACCAGGCGCAGGAAGCAAGUCGGUACCAGUGCCGACAGAGAGUGUGGAAAACUCGCCCGAGGGGGAGCAGCAGCAUGACUAGGAUGGCAAGUUCCUGGACACCCCAUACUAUAAGAGAGGUACAUCGAGAGGGAAAUGCUCCAGAAGUCGUUGGUCCUCGUUUUGAUGCAUGGUCCAGUCAAGCGUCGGCUGGUAUGAAUGGCCGUCUGAGUCGUAGUGUAAUUCAACUUUUCUUGAAGACCUUUGCCGAAGCGCAUUUUCUACCUGCUGAUGAUGAAAUGCAUGCUCCUCUGUAGGUCUCCCUUCCAAGUCAGGAAAGGCCUCCACGCUGUAGCAAAAGGCUGGCCGGAAGGUGUAAAUAUGUAAUGGAUGAGUCAGUCCAUAGCGCGAAUAAGACUCGUCCUCUCUUAUUUCAGCCAUUGUAAUCACCAGAUGAUUAGA